UUUUUUGGUAAAAUUUUGUUCCCUCGCUGAUACCCAACAGAUCACUUCACUCUCAGUCUCUGCGUUCAUCACUAAGCUCUCGUCUCUCUGCGUCAAACCAAGCUCUCGUCCUUCUCUGCGUCUCAUUCGCGUCUCUCCUUUCUCCUUUCUCCUUCAGGUCGCCCUAAAUCACUCACCUCUCCGUUCACUCACCUCUCCAUUUCGCAUGUUUCUCCUUUCUCCUUUCUCCUUUCUCCUUCAUUUCACCUCUUCGUUUCAGCUCUUUCUCUUUUCUCCUUCCUUCUCGACUAGUCCACGAUUGCCUCCGUUCUUAUUUGCUCAUUGGGUUCUUCAACCUCGUUCUGAAGGAGAAAGGAUUAGGGUUCGCGUGGUGGACAACGACAGUUUGACAUCGAAGGGCGAGGAACUCGCACCAGUUGUCUCCACCACACUGAAGCUCGAAUUUCAGUUUCGGAAAAAAAUUGAUGAAUUGAUGUUGAAAAAUCCGGAAACUGCAUCUGAAAUAUCUCCAAAUGAUCCUAUUGGUGUCAUAUUUGGAAAAGAGCAUCCAGGUCGGGUUAGAGAACUUUUGUAUGGCGCGUGUCCUACUCUUGCUUUUCAACAAUCAACUACAAGAAUAAGAGGAAUCAACUUUGCUUCACCUAAUGCAGCUUCACCACAUGAUGAAGACAAGUUUGUGAAGAUUGAAAAUGAACUUGCAACUGUCAAGAACCAAGUGCAAACACUGCUUGCCUAUAUUGCUUCUAAAGAAAAUGUUCCAGAACAUGUAGCUACAAUGGUUGCUGGUUUGGCACCAGAUAUUGAAAGUGGUGUGCCAUCUCCGCAUGAAAUACUAGGAUCAAGUGGUGGAAGCAAAACAUCUUAGACUUAGGACUUUUAAUGUUGUCUUUUUUUCUUAGAUGCUUGAAUAUUUUGGUACUCUUAAUGUUGUCUUUUUUUUCCAAAUGCUUGAAUUGGUACUUUGGUGUAGUUAUGCUAUAUUGACAAUGAAUCAAUUUAGUUUAUUAAUUUC